AUGGAGGUCUAUUUCACAGACGGAUCAGUGGACCCCAACACACACAGAGCAGCAGCAGCCUUCGUGCACCACACAGGAACAGGCAUAUUCCGCCUCCCCGACCACUCCUCCACCCUCCAAACUGAGCUGGCUGCCAUCGGGAAGGCACUAGAAGAUGCACUUCACAAACACAAAGACAUCCUUAUCCACACCGACUCGUUGGGCGCCAUACAGUGCCUCCAGCAAACACACUCAGGAGACAACAUACGCCUCAUCACCACCAUCCAUGCCAACGCACAGGCCAUCCGCCGAAGGAACAGGAACAUCACAAUUAACUGGAUCCCCAGCCACACUAAUAUCACAGGAAACGAUUUAGCAGACACUGCAGCGAAAGAUGGACUCCUACUCCCUACUGUGACGAGCCACGUAGUACCAUCCCGAGCGCAAGUCAGCAGCACCGCCAAGAAAACCUGCAAGCAAUUAUGCACCCAAGCAGUAAGAAGUCAGAUUGCUGAAGGGUCACCAAGUGCAACCUGGUAUGGCACAGCAACUGCAAACACCGCACCACCUGAUGACACACUAACACGACGCACACGUACACGAUUACACAGACUACGACUCGGUUACCACUGCCUAGCCGAGCUCAACGAUACACUACCACUCACAUGCGAACACUGCGACACACCCUCGUACACACCCCUACGACACUACAUUGAAGACUGCCCAAGCACAGCUCCGUUCCUACACAGACACGCACACGACGCACCACACAUACUGCAACAAACAGACACCAACAGACUGAUACAGAUGGUGAAUGCCUUUCGGCCACCCAGGUAA